UGGAAAUUGUGGCUGGACUCGGAACUGGAUCAACUUCUGGGGGUAUUAGAAGAGGAGGAUUUACAGACAGGAAACUCAAACUAAACUUCACAUCAAGGACUGACAGAGCCAUUUGAUUCAUCACAACCUGAACAGGCAGCUCACCACCACCUUUUCAAGGGCAACUAAGGAUGGGCAAUAAAUGCUGGCCCAGCCAGUGAAGCCCACAUCCCGUGACCAUGAAAGGAGAAAUAUUUCUCUCUUCUGCAUGUGAAAGAAGAUUUCAAAAUUCAGUGUGACUGGAAAAGCACCAAGAUACACACAUAUACCCGAGUGAGAGUGUUCCAGUGUAGUGACUGUGGAAAGAGCUUUAACCAGUUAUUCUGCCUGAAAAAAUAUCACAGCAGGGUGAAAUCAUACAUGUGUUCUGUGUGUGGCUGAGGCUUCAACUGAUUGUCCAACCUGGAGAGACGCAAGGACGCCAGGUUCAUGGAGAAACCAUGGAAAUGUGAGGAUUGUGGUAAAGGAUUCAAUUAUCCAUACCUGCUGGAAAACCAUCGACGCAGUCACACUGGGGAGAGGCCAUUCACCUGUUCAGUGUGUGGGAAGGGAUUUACUCUGUCAUCCCACCUACUUUUACACCAGCGAGUUCACACUGAGGAGAGACCUUUCAGCUGCACUUACUGUGGUAAGAAGUUCUCAUGUUCAUCCAACCUCAGUGCACAUCAGCGAGUUCACACUGGGGAGAGACCAUUCUCCUGCUCCUUGUGUGGGAAGGAUUUCGCUGGGCGAUCCGGUCUUUCGUUACACAAGCGAAUUCACACAGGGGAGAAGCCGUUCACCUGUUCCGUGUGUGGGAAGGGAUUUACUCUGUCGUCCAAACUGCUCUCACACCAGAGAAUUCACACUGAGGAGAGGCCGUUCAGCUGCGCUUUCUGUGGAAAGAGGUUCAGGUCUUCAUCCAACCUCAAUGCACACAAGCGAGUUCACACUGGGGAGAGGCCGUUCACCUGCUCUGUGUGUGGGAAGGAAUUUACUAAAUCAUGCAGCUUUCUGUCACAUCAGCGAAUUCACACCGAGGAGAAGCCAUUCAGCUGCACUCACUGUUGAAAGAGUUUCAGGCAGUUAUCAGCCCUCACUGCACAUCAAUGCAUUCACACUGGGGAGAGACCAUUCACCUGCUUCGUAUGUGGGAAAGGAUUCAUUCAAUGCAGCAGCCUGAAUUUACACCAACUCACUCACACUGGGGAGAGACUGUUCACCUGCUCUGUGUGUGGGAAAGGAUUC